AUGUCAGACUUUCACGAGAACCUUCGCUUCGGCGGCCCUCAGAUGGCAGAUGCAGACGGCGAUGAUGCCGCUCGCAAAGCUGAGGAGCGAGAGCGUAAGAAGGCUGAAGUCCGAAAGAGGCUCGAGGAGGCCGGUAGCAAAAAGAAAGCUAAGAAAGGUUUUCUCACGCCAGAAAGAAAGAAGAAACUUAGGAAACUUCUUAUGAUGAAAGCCGCUGAAGACCUCAAGCAACAACAAUUGCUGAAGGCCCAGGAGCGACAGAAGGCACUCGCCUCCCGAAUUAUCCCACUCCCAGACGUCGACAAGAUCGAAGACAAGGGUCAGCUCGAAAAGAUCUACAACGAUAUGUUCGAACGGGUGAAGAAAUUAGAAGAGGAAAAAUACGACAUCAACUUCAUCGUCACACAAACCGAAGCCGAAAUUAACGAGCUCACCAUUGCCGUAAACGAUUUGCGAGGCAAAUUUGUGAAACCCACCCUGAAGAAGGUUUCCAAGUAUGACAACAAGUUCAAGAAGAUGGCUGAGAACGAGAAAUCAAAGGGCGAAAAGAAGGCUGACUUCAGGGCAAACUUGAAAGUCGUCAAGAAGGACACCGCUAUUGAUGAUAUUAUGGCCAAGACAAAGAAGAACACGGAUAAGCCAGAUUGGUCGAAGAAGCCUGCAGCUGAAAAGAAGGAAGAAGAAGUCAAGGAAGCCCCACCACCAGCUGAGGAACCUGAAGCAGAAGAGGAAGGUGGCGAAGGAGGAGAAGAAGAAGAGGAGGAGGAGGAGGAAGAGGAGUAA